AUGAGUUUCUUAACGCCAAUAUUCUUAACAAUAGUCAAAUCGAACCAUCAGCAGGUCCUGAAUUCCACAUGUUCCGCACCGUAUCGGGAUCCACCAAGUUGGGAGUUAGCUUUGGAUUUUUGCAAAACAAUGCCUAAAUCAUUGGCGCCCCUUGACUUGCCAAUGCUACCGGAUGAACCCUUGAUUCUCUCUAAACUCCUGGUGGUAGAUGAGGAUCAUGAGCGAAAGCGUUGCCUUCUCUGUGGUAAUCUUAUGCCUUCAUUUGCUUUUACUGAAGAAAGUGGCGAUUGGCUUCUUUUCACCAUUUGGUGGAAAUACUGUGUCGCAGCUAAAACCGUAAUGGGCAACUCUCUUUUUAAUGGAUGCCUUACACCUUGUGCGCGGUAA